AUGGAAUCUUUACAUCUUCUCUCUGAGUCGAAAUAUGUUACAGAUAUUCUUGAACGGGCUAGACUUACUGAUAAUAAGACUGUCGAUGCUCCGAUUGAGGUUAAUGCAAAGUAUUCUUCUUCUGAUGGUUUUCCUUUGUCAGAUCCUACUUUAUACCGUACUUUUGUUGGGAGUCUGGUAUAUCUCACUAUUACUCGUCCAGAUAUUGCAUAUGAUGUUCAUGUUGUUAGCCAGUUUGUUGCUUCUCCUACUACCGUUCAUUGGGCAGCUGUUCUUCGUAUUUUGCAGUAUCUUCGGUGUACAGUCUUUCAGAGUCUUUUUCUUCCAUCCACCUUUUCCUUGGAGCUGCGUGCAUACUCUGAUGCUGAUCAUGGCAGUGAUCCCACGGAUCGCAAGUCUGUUACUGGUUUCUGUAUCUUUUUGGGCGAUUAUCUUAUUUCUUGGAAGAGCAAGAAACAAUCCAUUGUUUCUCAAUCUUCAACCGAAGCAGAAUAUCGUGCUAUGGCAUCUACUACCAAAGAGAUUGUUUGGUUAGGUUGGUUACUUGCAGAUAUGGGCGUUUCUUUUUCUCAUCCCACUCCUAUGUAUUGUGACAACCAGAGUUCUAUUCAGAUUGCUCACAACUCGGUUCAAGAUGGUAUACACCAAAUCAAAAACCAUGAUCGAAAACCACAAAAACGUGGAAACCACCCACCAGGAGGUAUUACAGGAGAAUGUUGGACAUCGACCACCUGUGCUACCAGUCUAGCACGCGCAAACAACAAGAGGGCAAGAAUAUCAAACCCCGACAACGGCCAGCUAAUGGAAAUGAUUAAGAUAAUGGUUGCACAGGCGGGGCUGCAGAAUGUGGCCGAGCUGUGA